CUUGUUCACUCCUUGCUCUUCUCGCCACCUCUCUUCUGUUACCCAUCUCGCCGCAUCGCAUGGCGGCGCCGGCCCUCCUCCCUCCCCCUACCAUGGACGAAGAAGGCGCCGCCCCGCCCGCCCCAGCGACCCCUUCCCCCGCCCCACCCCCACUCCAGCCGGAGCCGAAGCCCCCGCUCCUGCGCCGGCUCCCGCCCGUCCGCGUGACCUCGGAGUUCGACAGCGAACGGCGCCUCUUCUCCCACCGCCUCUCCUGCCGCGUCCUCGACGGCGUCGCCAAGCUCCGUCUCCGCAUUAGCCAUGGCGCUGGGGGAGGAGGGAUCCCCUGGGGCCCGCCCGAGGUUGGGGUCCUGGCGCGGAACUUCUCCGUCGUCGUCGACCCCGCAACCCGAGGCGCCGUGCUGCGCGGCGCCGCCGACCUCGCUGGCUCCCUGCGACUGCGCGCCUCCCACAACACCAAGAACUGCCAGACUGGAGAGCAAUCAUAUAUUCAUGUUGGCUGUUCAGCACUCUGUUUAUCUAUGUCUUGCAACUAUGAAUAUGACAAAUCUAUUGUUUCUUGCAUUCAAUUGGAUAGGUGCUUUCAAUUCAAGUACCACAGUAGAAAGUUGUGGAGAGAUGAUAUUUUGGUUGUUACUGAGCAGGGGCGGAGGCAGCUAUCUGGCAAGGAGCAACAAGGAGAAGUGGCAAUUACUGCGAAUUUGAGAGAUUCACCAUGCAAGAUUGAAUUGUCAUCUCUGGUUCCUCCUAAUGCACUGCCAAGAGCAACAUUCUUCUUCCCAAAUGGUGAAGUCUCAAUUAAAGAGAAGAUUUUGGAUGAGGGUGACAGGAUUUUGUCAGUAAAUGGCCUUGUGAAGUCACAUGUUUUGAAUGGACUUUGCACAGCUGUGUAUAAUGACAAUGCGAUGAACAUUAAAUAUCGCUACAAGGAUGAUGAAAUAUCAUUUGUCCCCAGCAUCUCGUUACCAUCCAAUACUCUGUCAUUUGCAUUCAAGCGCCAAUUAACGCCUUUGGACAAGUUGAGCUAUUGGUACAAUUUUGACACAAACUACUGGAGCGCCAUCUACAAACACAAGGCUAACAAGCAUCUCAAGUGGAAAGCUGGCUAUGAGUCAGACAACAGGCUUGGAUGGGCAUCGCUUUGGGUUGGAGAUGCUGGUGGCAGUACAAAGGAGGUGCCAUUCAAAGCCAAAGUUCGCCUCACGCUUAAAGUUCCCCAGGACAAUAUGCGGAAUUCAACUGUAGUGUUUCAUGUGAAGAAAAGAUGGGAUUUUUAGUUUCUAUGGGCUCAAUUAGUGUUACAUCAUGCGCACAUAAGCAAGCGUGUAAUAUGUUCUGCCAAAUAAGAAAUGGAUGUAAAUUUGUGAUAUGUUCUGUCAAAUUGUUACACGCAAAUGCUAGGGAGAAAUCAUGUGAUGUUAAGAGAAGGAGAGAGAUCCAAUCUGAUACUCUUUUCCAACAAGAAAAACAACAUUCUAACCCAGAUUAGCCAUCAAAUUAUUUCUU